AUUAAGAGACACCGCUGGCAGUACCGAAGGUAUCAUUUUUCAAAGGCUUGACUUUCCUCGUGGUUCUGUUCUGACUACAGAGAAAAUAAAAGUUCUCCAUACUGUCAAUAAGUCUCCGGAGUUCGUCAAUUUCCUAUGAGAAGAUACUUAAAUACCGAUUAAUGUGAGAGAUAAGGAACCAGACCACGUUUUUGUGUUACUGGUCACCCUCAUCGAGGAGAUUCUUUAUAAGGAACAAGGCAAGGGAAACCAUUUUAACGGGAUUUCUCACUUGAGAGAUGAGUAGUUAUACUCUGACACCGGAACAACAGUUUAAUAGUAAUUUUGACAAAGUUUCUGCUUAUCAUCAAGCUUUUCAAAACAAUAAGGCUAACUUUUCUGUAAGCCAUUUAUUAGACUUGGAGGAUCUUCCAAACGAAAACUGUGCUAUGUAUGCUAACACCGAUCCUCAACCGGGACUGCCUACUCAGGCUUGCACACCGAAUAUUAAUGGAAAUGGACUAACAGACCUCGACGAGAAGUCCUCGAUACGUCACGACAGCCACGAUAGUAUAUCACCACACAGCCCAGGAAAAAAUUCAAAUACAGACACAGAAGACAAGGACGAUAAAGACGGAAAACGGCGAAGAAAACAAAGACGUAAUAGAACCACAUUUAACAGUACACAAUUGGCAGCAUUAGAGAGAGUAUUUGAAAGAACACAUUACCCAGAUGCCUUUGUUAGAGAGGAACUAGCUAGGCGAGUCAAUCUCAGCGAGGCAAGAGUACAGGUUUGGUUUCAAAACAGAAGAGCAAAGUUUAGAAGGAACGAAAGAAAUAUGUUAGCACAACGUGGCAAUUUAUACGGACGUCCUGAAUCUACUCCAAUAGAACAACCAAUUACUCCGCGACCUACUUCCAUGAAUAAUGACUUAUCCUGGUAUGCUCCACCAGCAUAUAGCCCAGUAGUGUCAAACUCGUCUAGUUGUGCACUGGCAAAUCAUUCAUAUACCCCUCCGCCACAGAAUUUAGGCUCUAGUUUAGCAUGUCUUAGACUGAAAGCUCAUGAAUAUAACAACGUAUUACCACACAACCCAUAUGGUCACCAUAUGACACAAUGACUAUAUGAGAAUAUGGAUCUUGAGAAAUAUUUAUAAAGAUGGCAAUGUCGAAGGAAAUGCACAAAACAUAUCAUUCCUACUGUUAAAUUCUAUCAUGGUGUGCAAUAAAAAAUAUAUAUGUGUAUCUAUGAAGUGUACAUUUUGAUAUAGGAAUGCUUAUACGUAUAUACAUUAAACGGAAGAAGGUGGAAUAACAUGAACUAUUUUCGACGAACUAUCACGUGUUUUCUUCGACAUCGGGUGACAUGCUUUAUAAAAAGAACACAAUGUUAUCGUCUGCUCAUUUGAUAUAAACAUCAGCAGAGUGAUUAAGAUCCAAAUGACAAGCGAAGUCUUUGUAGCCUGGAUUAUGACGUACAUCAAACGUACACUACUGAAUGGACGUGACACGCAGAAAACAAUUGUGUCUAUCCCGAGUGUUAAAUACAUACUUCGGCGGAAGAUCUUUGUGGUGAUAUGGGCCCUCAAAACUGACGAAUGAAUGUGAGGUAUUUUGGUGAGAACAAUUAAUUUCCGACUUAAUCCAUUUCAUUGUCAUCAUUAUCAUGUGAAUCGUUUAUGAAAUGUGCAGUGUUUCUAUUUCUAGUAUAUCUUCUUUAGCGAUAUAUGUAGAGUCAUGGUAGUCGAGAGAGACCAUGAACUACUCAACAAGAAGUGUGAUAUGUGUAGAUAUAUACCUACAUAUCUUUAUAAUCUCAUAUUUACAUGUAUGUAUGUUCCAAAACAACUUCCCACCAAUUGUUCUGUUUGCGAAAAAAAUUUGUUGCCUUGAACAGAGUAUUUGUUUUGUUUACUUGCAUAAAUGUUUCACCUCGUGAUUAUUUCCAUUGCACGUAAAUUCUGUUGAAUAUGUUGACUAGGGGAGAAAGAGAAGCAAGAUAUUCAAUAGUUGUCUAAAACAACGUAAUGUCGCGAAACGUUGCGUAUAUCAAGACAAAAUUGUUCAGCAAGCUUAUAAUUAGUCCAAUAAUUAAGGCGUUCUCUACGACAAAGAUAUUUCCCCCUCUUUUAUAUAAUUUGAGCCGAGAGUCGCUGAUGAGUCUUUUGUUGUUGAAACGAAUUUCUGGCGAACAAAAUUUUAUUUCUAGAAUCUAAGAGAGUUUUUGAACCGAUAACAUAUUUUUCACAAUAAGAUUGUGGUUCACAUUGUCAUUCCUAAUGCAAUUAAAUUAAAAGGGAAUGGGAAGAUUACAAACACUCAAUAUUUGAGCAGGAACGAAACAAACGUAGUAUGUAUAAUAAUUUUUUUAUAAAAAAUCUCUUUUAUUUAACAUACUCAAUAAAAUGUCCAGCCAUUUCUAAAUAGGCCGCAGGUCGUCAGAGCAAUCUUGGAGAAUAAAUGAAUUCCCUGCAAAACCACAAGUUAUACCUUUCAAAACUAAGGGAGAAUAAUUAUUUCCAGUAUUGCGGUAUUUACAUUGGAUUCUUUAUGCCAUCUUUAACCAAUCUCCAUAAAGGUGUUGAAGUGCCCUAAAUGGAUUUUUGUAGCGAUCAAGUUAUAUAUGUGCUUGCCAUAACAUCUUGUUCUUGAUAUACAUUAUGAAAACCUGUCUGUGCCUUUAGUAAUGGUAAGAUAUACCCACACUUAUCAAAUUUACCUUAUUUUUGAAAACACUAUAUUGUAUAUAUGUAUAUGUUCUUUUGAAAAAAAUAUCAAAAUGUUAUAUUAUUUUUGUGAAUUUUUAAUGUACAA